AAUGGAUGGAUGGACAGAUGGAUGGAUGGAUGGUUGGUUAGAUGGGCAGGUGGGUGGGAGCAUGUGCUGGCUGAUGAAUAGAGGGAACAAGCAGCCAGACCAUGCCUGGCACAUGAACACAACUGGCUGCCCAGGGACACCCAGCCGGACGGACAGACAGACCUCCGGCCCCGCAGCCCGUGGGAAGGCCGGAGCACGGGGCGCUGCUCCUCCUGGCCGCCAGGGGGCAGCAGCUCCGAGCGCCGCGCGCACACGUAGUGGUUGGGCGCAUAGGGCCCCGAGGCGCCCCGGCAACAAGUGCAGAACUCUGAUUGGUCAGUGCCCCAGGAGGCAUCAGGAUUGGUCCCACGGCGAGCGACACAGAACCAAUAGAGGUAACCAAUGGAUGUCCACGACCGAAUGGAACAGCCAAUCAUCUCGCUCCAAGCUGCGCCGUGUCCCGCCCCCACACAGAGAGCGCGAAAACGGGCCCGACGGCGGAAAGCGGGGUGCUGUGGGCGGGGCUUCGCCGUCGGGCAGCCAAUAGGGAGCGCGGGCGCUUGGCGGGCCCCGUGCCGGUUCCGGUCCCCAUUCCCAUCCCAGUUCUGUGCGCGGCGCCGGUCCGGGUUCGUACACAUGGAGCCGGCCGAGGCGGAGUUCUUGGCCGAGAAGGAGCUGGUGACCAUCGUGCCCAGCUUCAGCAUGGACCGCGUGCACCUCAUCGGGGGGGAUCUGGGCCCUUUCAACCCCGGUUUGCCAGUGGAAGUGCCUGUCUGGUUGGCCAUCAAUCUGAAGCAGAGGCAGAAGUGCCGGCUGAUACCCCCAGAGUGGAUGGAUGUGGAAAAGCUGGAGGAAAUUCGGGACCAAGAACGCAAAGAGGACACCUUCACUCCAAUGCCCAGUCCCUAUUAUAUGGAACUCACAAAGCUGCUCUUAAACUACGCCUCCGACAACAUCCCCAAAGCAGACGAGAUCCGGACGCUGGUGAAGGACACGUGGGACACACGGAUGGCCAAACUGAGGCUGUCUGCAGACAGCUUCGUCCGGCAGCAGGAGGCCCACGCCAAGCUGGAUAACCUGACCCUGAUGGAGAUCAACACCAUUGGGACUUUCCUUACUCAAGCCUUAGACCACAUGUACAAGCUCCGGACCAACCUGCAGCCUUCUGGGAGCACAGAGUCCCAGGAUUUCUGAGCUCUUCUGCCCACACCAGCCCUCCAAGCACACACAUCCACUGUGCCAGCUUCCACCUCUCCGUGCACAUCUGCCAGAACCCUGUGAGCCGUCAGCCACGUGCAACCCAUCCUUGGCAGCAUCUGCAGGCGGGUGAGCUUCCUCUGCUGCUCACACACAGCCUGGGGAGGGAGCAGGGCAGAGCUGGCACAGGGCAUUCCCUGCACGAGAGCUCCACGGAGCCCUCGCUUCCCCUUUGCAGAACUUCGCCUCUUCCUUUGGUUCAGAGGCUGCUGCCAAAGAUGUGCACAGAUACAGGUGGUGGCUUGCCAGCAUCCAGCUAAUGAUGUCGGGCAGAUCUCUCUGCCCUGCAGAGCGUGGGUGUACUUCAUAGAGGGAACUUCUGAGGGCAGCACAGGCCACACACUGGCUUGAAAGCAAUGAAUUUCAAGGCGGUGUUUCGCUGUGGAUUCGCUCGGAGCCUCAAAACAGGGAAAGAUGUGCCGGCAGUGAGAGUGCUGGGAGGCACAUCCAUCUGCUCCUUGGAGAAGGACAAAAGAAAAUGGCUUUUCCCUCUCU